AUGAAUCGUGGCCCACCAGACCCGUCACAAGGGGUCUUUGACAAAGGAAACAAUUUACCAGGCUUUGGAAGUGAACAGAGCAACACACCAAGCGGCAGUGACGACUCUGCGUCAAGUUUCUACAUCUAUCCCAAUACCGUGUUUGGGAAUUCCGAAAAGUACUUCUGGAAACCAGUUGCGGAAAUCAAUGCCAAAUCUGCAUGCUUCGUGGAUGUCCUCGAGUCUCACAGGAACAGGGUCCGGGACCCGCAGGAAGCAAGUUUGUUCGUGGUGCCGCUAUACCGCAUCGAGCACAUCGUAGACGCUGGGAACGCCUCCCACUUGGCUGCGGUCAUCGCCAAUUUGAGAGACAACCUUCCAAACACUCGCCAGUACAUUGACUUUGGGGGAGCAAGCCACGUCUUUGUAUACCUCAAAAGCGUUUCCAAAGGCUUCAUGAAGCAGAUGAUGGACCAGCUGUAUGUGGAUUUGUAUUCCUUUUGGGCUGCACCUGAGCCUGUAGAGUAUUGGGAUAAUUGGAGGUGCCCGCACAGGCACCUGCAAAUCUCGUUGGAAACAGAAACGGGGUGCAAAACAAUCAAGGACCCCAGCACUCGGGAGCCAUCGGGGCAGAGCGCAGAGCUGCAGCGGGCGCUUGCCGGCGAGUCUUCUCGGCACCAUCAGGGAGUGGAUGCCAUGGUGGACGACCUGGCACAAAGGAGUCGGGGCAGAGGGAUUUGGGAAUGCCGGGGUACCUCGAGCACGCUGACAGACACCGCGGCGAUUUUGGCGGGGACAGGCAGGGGUAAGUUCGUGUCGUAUACAUUCAUAGAUGAGGGGCAUCAGACCUUGACGUGUUUCAUGCCCAAGUGCGCCAGCACAGUGAUGAAGAUGAUGCAGAAGAGGCAGACUGGCCUGGAUACCUGGAAGGACACAGCCAAGGGGACCCGAUGGCAAGGGCUGGUUCACUUUCCACAUGAUGCGGCCGUGGGCGAGCUCCGUGCCGUUGUGGACAAUCCCGGGUGGGUAAAGGUUGCUGUGGUUAGAGAUCCAGUCAUACGGUGCCUGUCGGGUUAUUUGCAGAAGAUAGUGCAGCUCAAGAACUACGGGUUCAUACGAUGGAAGGCGAAGAGGGACGCCACUUUCGAGGAGUUUGUGGACGUCUUGUACAGCUAUCCGUCCAUACGGCGAGGCAACGAUCAUUUCCUGGAGCAGUCCGCUAUGUGCGGCCACAGGGCGAUCCACUACAACUACAUCGCCCAUGUCGAGACUCUGCACCAGGACUACAAGAGCCUUCUUCAAAGGCUGGGUCUUUGGGAGUCUUUCGGUGCAUGGGGAUGGGGGGCUGACGGUCACCAGGCCUUUUUGGAGGCGUUUGAGCCUUCAUACAAUCAUCCCAAUCAGCUGGAGUCUAGCGCCGGUGACGCUUCUGUGGCGGCGCACUACACAAUGGGCAUGCUAGAAAAAGUGUAUGAGAUGUACAGGGAAGAUUUCGAGAGGUUUGGGUACUCAAUCGAUAAAUGGAGGCGACUGGUGGCUCAGAAAAAUCUCUGA